AUGGAUAAAGGGGACCAGAAAAAAACUUCAUCAAAACAUUACGGUGCAAACGAAACAAGCUCAAAUUCUACCUCGUCGGUGCUCAUGGUAGGCCCGAACUUUAAAGUGGGCAAAAAAAUCGGAUGUGGAAAUUUUGGUGAUCUACGCUUAGGUAAAAAUUUGUAUACUAAUGAACACGUGGCUAUUAAAUUGGAGCCAUUUAAAACCAAAGCUCCUCAGCUUCAUUUAGAGUAUAGAUACUACAAACUAUUGGGUAGUCAUGAAGGAGUACCUGAUGUUUACUACUUUGGCCCAUGUAGUAAAUUUAAUGCAUUGGUGAUGGAGCUGCUGGGGCCUAGUUUGGAAGACUUAUUUGACAUAUGUGAUCGUAAAUUCACCUUAAAAACAGUAUUGAUGACAGCUAUUCAACUGUUACAUCGAAUAGAGUAUGUUCAUUCAAGGCAUCUUAUCUAUAGAGAUAUAAAACCAGAAAAUUUUCUUGUUGGGCGUACAGGUAGUCACAGAGAAAGAGUUAUACACAUUAUAGACUUUGGUUUAGCCAAAGAAUACAUAGAACCUGAAACAAGUAAACAUAUUCCUUAUAGAGAACAUAAAUCAUUGACUGGAACAGCGAGGUACAUGUCAAUAAACACACAUCUGGGCAGAGAACAAUCUAGAAGAGAUGAUUUAGAAGCACUUGGUCAUAUGUUUAUGUAUUUUCUUAGAGGAUCCUUACCAUGGCAAGGACUUAAGGCUGAUACUCUAAAAGAACGUUACCAAAAAAUAGGUGAUACAAAAAGGGAAACUUCCAUUGAAAGCCUGUGCAAAGGUUAUCCCGAAGAAAUGGCUACAUACUUACGGUAUGUUAGGAGAUUAGAUUUCUUUGAAACUCCCGAUUAUGAAUACCUAAGAGGUUUAUUUGCGGAUUUAUUUAAAAGUAAGGGUUAUGUUGAUGACAACGAGUUCGAUUGGUCUGGUAAAACCACAAACUUAUCAGCUGGAUCUCUACCUACUGCCACUCAAGAAUUCGCCAUAUCACCGCUUCGUGAGAAACGGGCUAUCAACACCAAACCAGAAAACUCCAAACACAGCACCUUAGGUAACCUCACUCCUGCUGAUCGCCCAGGAUCUGUUAUGGUCAUCAAUUCCACUAAUGGAGAUUUGCACGCAGAUAAUUCCAUGGCACAUAGUAAUACACCCAUUACUCAGACGAAAGAGGUGGAAAUCGUAGAAGAGACAAAAUGCUGUGGUUUCUUCAAAAGGAAAAAGAAGAAGAAAGCAGUAUCAAGUAAGUGAGUAGUAUAUACUGUAAGAGAGAAAUAUGUCACGUU